AUGGACUCACAUGAAGAGCAGUGCUUACCAAUCCUCGACUUCUCCCGCGAUAAACUUAUACCAGGCACGAGCCACUGGAUUACGAUAAGUGACAGCGUGCGAAGAGCUAUGGAGGAGCAGGGUUGGUUUGUGGCAGAGUUCAAUGGCGUCUCAUCAGACCUCAGGGACGACUUGCUCUCCGGCAUAAAGGAUAUGUAUGAGCUGCCGUACGAGGUCAAGAUCAAAAACGAGAACCACAAGGCCUCUCAUGGCUACAUGUCUAUGGUCGUUGACGAUUACACGAUCCACGAGAGUUUGGGGAUUGAUUAUGCAACAGAUCCCCAAGCUUGCAAAGAUUUCUCUAAACUACUUUGGCCACAAGGAAACGAUCUCUUCUGUCAGGCCACACAUAAGUACGCAAUGGCAUUAGCGGAGCUAGACCAGACAGUGAUGAGGAUGUUGUACGAGAGCUAUGGAAUGGACGAGAAGAAGCACACAGCAAAUCAUUCCGAGUCAACUAGGUACCUGUUGAGGAUGCUGAGUUACAGAAGACAGAGAAACGGUGAAGCAAACACGGGUUUCGUAUCGCAUACUGAUAAGAGCUUCAUGAGUAUACUCCACCAGAACCACGUCGUAGGCCUCCAGCUGAAAACCAUGACCGAUCAAUGGGUCGGAUUUAACCCGUCGCCAACAAGAUUCGUCGUUCUCUCCGGCAUGGGUCUCACGGCGUGGAGUAACGAUAGGAUAAAGCCGUGUUACCACAGGGUGGUGAUGAGCGCAGAUGAAGUUAGAUACUCUUUAGGUUUUUUCUCCUUCCACAAAGGGACCAUCCGUACGCCUGAGGAGCUUGUCGAUGACCAGCAUCCUCUCCGCUACAACCCUUUCGAGCACGAUGGUCUCCUCCGCUUCUACGAGUCGUUCAUCAGCUCCAUGAAGAAAUCCAGCGAACAUCUUCUCCACUUAUACUGCGGCGUCAAGCCAACCCCUCUGCUCGGUGAUCAUUCAUCGCCGCCCCAAUAA